AUGAUGGUCGAGCCGCACUACACGUCCGUCAUGCGCAGUACGCGCAGCGGCAACUACUACAAUGUUCCGAUCUCCGCCGACGCCAUGGCCCGGCGCAAGCAUGAGAUGUCUGUGUUUAUCAGCCACGACGGCUUCGAGCAUGAGACCGUAGCCGCUGCUUGGGGCACCACCACCAUGCGUCGCCUGCCCGCUGUAGCCAAGCGUCGUGACCUCAACGCCGCACUGGAUGGUGUCGCGCCUUUUAAGGACCCGCAUACCUUCCAACCAGCUUUUGCCUUCGAUCUCAACAGACUCGUGGCUUCGCUCACAAAGGGCUCAGCUAGCUCCAGUAACAGCUCGUCAAUCACAUCUACGCGCAGUCAGGGUGAGCCCACGCCGGAGCCUAUGCCUGAAAACUCGCGGAGACCUGUGCUACCCGAAGCCACAGCGCCUCGACAACGUAGGCGACGUGGAGCUCUUUCGGGAAAGGAGGAGCUCACGCGCUCAUACGCGCCUACCUCUACAACACCAGAGAACAGCAUCAUCACGUACAGCCUCAACAAGCGCAAACAAAAGCGGCUGGCAGCAAAAGCGCUUGCAGCCGCGUCCGUAAACGGCCCCACUUUCGAGGUAGCCGUGGCCAACGCCGGCAACGAACACCAGCCGCAGUACGUUCCGCGCUACGUACCCGAGUACCAGUCCGACGUGGCGAUGUCACGCAACCGCGAGCCCUCGCUAGAUCAGCAGAGCUACGCGCUAUAA